AAAACAAUUCAGCGUCACACGCAAAAGCCAAUUUAUAUUUCACUUUCAAACAUUUUAGUCACAAACACAUAACCACAUCGUCAUCCUCAAACAAACACACUUCGACACUUUUUCAACCGCUGAUGUUGUUCCUCUUCUUCUCCACCGUUGGAUUUUUCUGCUUAUGUACAUAAUCUACUGUGAUUAGUGCAUGCUUUCGUCAAUUAUUUGCAGUCAGGUUUUUGAGGUUUGGUUCAUUCAUGUUUACUCUUUGAUUGAUUGAUUUGUCGUAGUAGUAGUAGUUGUUGUUGUUAGUAGAAAGUUGAGUGAUUAGUGUUUGAUUAAAUGACUGAAUGGGAAGGUUUUGAUCAAAGUGGUAGUAGUAAGCAAAAAAAUAGACCCCCAAUUCCAUUGAAUGCUAUGUCUUUGCCUAUUAAUCAAAUGGGUUUUCCUGAGAAUCACAAAAAUUCUUCAAUUGGUGGUAUACCACCUUCUUACCCUAAUACCAAUUCAUCACCUAAACCCUUAUCGUCUCCUUAUCCCCAAUUUAUGGCUUCUUCUCAAUCCCAUCAUCAUUCUAGGUCUUUGUCUCAGCCCACUUUUUUCUCUUUAGAUUCAUUUUCAUUGCCUCCAUUGAGUCCUUCCCCUUAUCCUGCAAAUUCUUCAUCGUUUUCCGACUUGGUUUCGAAAGAUGUUUCUAUGGAGGAAAACUUGGUUAACUCUCAUGCCCCUUCGCCUAACCGUGGUCACGCUAUUCAGCAUGGCCAUUGUCUUCCCCCUCGGAAAGGACACAGGCGUUCUAGCAGCGAUUCUCCCUUGGGGAUAUCGGAAUUUGUUAACUCUGUUCCUCAGUUGAUGAGUGAUCCUCGAAAUUUGGUUAACGGAGGAGAAAAACCUGGUUAUCAGAAGCCGAUUCAGUUGGUGUUGAAGGAUAAUAGGGAAUGUAUUGAUGGUUUUCGAGGAGAGAAUUUGGAUCGUAGGAGGAAAGAGGAUGAUGCGAAUGCGAUUGAAAUGGAUGAUUUGUUUAAUGCAUACAUGAAUUUGGAGAACAUGAAUAAUAUGAGUUUUUCCGGUUUGGAAGAUAAGGAUAUGGACAGCAGAACUAGUGGUUCAAAGACAGUUGAAAGCAGUGAUAAUGAAGUUGAGAGUAUUGUAAAUGUAAAAGGAACCGGUGCUAAGGGUGCGAGUUCGAGCUGUUCAGAAGAGAGGAGGGAAGGACUCAAGAGGAGUUCUAAUGGAGAUAUUGCACCUGUUGGUCGACAUAGGAGAAGUUAUUCUUUGGAUAGUUCUAUUGGAAAUUUUCAUAUUGAAGAUGUAUCGCCUAAGCUUCCUCCUUUACAAAGUCGAGUUGGUCAACUCUCGCCUAGCAAUUCAAUGGAUGGUGUUAAAACACCAGAAACUAGCUUGGAGUUUGGAAAUGGCGAAUUCAGCUCGGAGGAGAUGAAGAAAAUAAUGGAAAAUGAUAAACUUACUGAAAUUGCCAUGUCAGACCCCAAGCGCGCAAAGAGGAUUUUGGCCAAUCGUCUAUCAGCUGCUCGCUCAAAGGAGCGUAAGAUGCGAUAUAUUUCUGAAUUGGAGCACAAGGUACAAACUCUUCAGACAGAGACUACUACAUUGUCUACUCAGUUUACCAAAUUACAGAUGGAUAAUACAGAGCUUAAAAGUGAGAAUAACGAGUACAAAUUGAGGCUUCAAUCCUUGGAACAACAGUCCCAACUGAAAGAUGCUUUGAACGAGACUUUGGAUGCUGAAGUCCGGCGCUUAAGACGCACCGUUGCAGACCUUGGCGGAGAGUCCCUCCUAUCGAAUCUCAUGGCUCGACAGCUUGCUAUUAACCAACAAAUGUUCCAGUCACAGCAUGAGCAGCCAAACCAGCUUAGACAUUUUCAAAUGCAAAACAGCCAAUCUCAGGAAGAAACACAGACUCAGUCACAACAGCAUAUUCAACGCACUAAUGAAUUCCAAUCCCAGCAUCAGAAUGGCAAAACUACUGCAUAAUGGUUGCAGCAAAUUGGUAUAUAAGCAGUUGAUGAUAUUUGUGGUUUGCUCUUGAUUCAAACUAUUACAAAAUAUAUACUUUUUUGAAAUGGAGCUGAUGGCUUAUAAUCAGUUGUAUGUAAAAAGGAGUGAACUACAUCAGUUUCCCUAUAUAGGUCUGUUCAUUACUUUAGACUUAAGUAAAAAAAAAUAAAAAAAAUCCUUCUAGAUUCUUCAUUUCACCCAUGUGUACUGGGAAUAUUUUUUCAUGUUGGUCUACCUUUUGGUCAUAUUAUGAAUACAAACUCCUUUCUUAUUGCA